UCCAGCUGUCAAACAACAGUUUGCCGAUUUUCGUAUUUCGGAUUGGUGACUUUCUUCACUGAUCCAGUUUUGGCGAGCUGAAAAUGGCAAUUUAGUGUUUUAGUUUCUGUUCCGUUGCCAAUAAAUCUUUCGCCGAUUGUUUAGCAGCACGGUUGUCUGUUAGUAAAACUGUUCUUGAAGAUAUAUUUACAGUCGCUUGGUGGUUUCUCCUUUGUGUGCGUGUUUGUUUGUGCGAAAUCGAAGUUCGCUUUGCUGUGCUCGUCGCAUCCGCUUUCACCGUGGGAGACAAAGCAGAACAACGGAAGCUCGAACGCGAGACUGAAUCCACCGGACGGGAUGGAUAACACUGACGACUUCGAGUCACUGUGCCGUAUCUGUUCGUGCCCCGGGUCGCACACUAUUUUCGCACGCAUACCGGCCUACUGCCACGAACACUAUCGAGAGUACGCUCGCUGGAAGCAGCCCAUUUUUCAGCUGAUUGCAGAAGUUACUGGCGUUGAGAUUACGACAGACGAUGGCUUGCCGAAGAGAAUAUGCGUUCUCUGUAUUUCGUACCUCAAGCACGCGUACACCUUCCGGCGACAGGCGAUCGACAACAUUGCCGGUUUGCUAACGGCCAAAUAUCUAUCCAACCUGCGACCAGAAUCCAAGAAGCCAUCGGUCGAUGACGAACGGCUGAUUGGUCGGGAUGAAAUCAUUUCCACCGAGGAGGGGACCGCAUACCGGUCGGUUAAUCUUGCCAACGCGUCGAGUGCGCGAACCGCCACAAAGCAACCGACAAAGAAGUCGGCCAUAAUGCAUCGAUUUGUGGCCAAACCACCGAACAACAAUGCGGAAGAAGAGCUGGACGAACCUAGCAGCGGACUGUUCGGGUACCGGGAGAAGGAAUUCAUCGAGGACGACGUGAUGGAGCUGGACGGGUUGCAGGAGCACGGCGUCACGUUCACGCUGCCGGAAGAUUACAAGGAAAAGAAAUGUUUCGCGUGCCGGAAGCGGUUCAUGUUUUCGGAAACGUACGCGCAACAUUUGACCGAAUGUUUGCUGUACAAGCUGACCGAGGCGAUCCGUUCCCUGUACCACAUCAUGUACCUGCGAGAGCAAAGCGCCAUUUCAGCGUUUGAGUUUAUCCGGCGUGCCGUGUUUACGGUGCGCAAGUGCAACCGGCUGGUACUGUCGUACGAUGGUGAGCUAGAUGAAGAUGAUACGGCUGGGGAACCGGUGGACAGCACAGAUGGCUGUACCGCAGCUGAACCGGGCAUGGGCACAAACUUACCAACCGGUUUCCUACCGAAUCAAUCUUACGGUAGGGUUGAGCUCGAUUCGCUAAGCGACAGCGGCUCGUCCGGUUCGCCCAAGCUUAAACCACCGCUGGCAGCCGGUCCAGCACACGGUUACCGGUCGGGAAUGAACAACUACCAGCCACCGUUAGCCGGAAGCUUGAUGGGCAACCAGUCGAUCGUACUGCGUCCGCCGGAAUCAUUCACACUCGAACACUCGAACGUAGAUAUUAUAAAGAAUCGACUGACCAAAAGUGGCCCGGAAGAGGUAAACGAAACCAAUCCCAACGAUCGUUACAAAACGAUCAAAUGCAAGCAGUGCGAGGCACGGUUCUGCACGAUUUCACAUCUGGACGAGCACACGAUCAAGGUACACCAGCGCCGGGUGCGAAACAAUCCGUUCGGUUUGUAGUAGAAGCAGAGCAGUUCGAACGCAAUGCUCUGGGGGGGUAAGCUACACAUUUUAUUUUAACUUCCACACACGUGGCGCCGACCAGAGCCAGCCAAGAUUAAAUAGACUUCAGUAAGAUAUUUAAGGCGUCCUGUUUGUCUGUAGCGCAAAAUGGAAGAUGCAGUCGGACAGCAGAAUGUGCUACGAGUGUUUUAUAUUAUCUAAUUUAUAUUCUUUCAAAGCAAAUUAACGCUGCCAGAGAGCGGGUAAAGACACACACCCACACACACACAAUUGACUGACUUUAAACGCACAAUCGAAUACGCGCGCGCGUGUGUGUGUGAAACAAUACUCUUCAGGAUGAUUAUUUAUAUUCUUUAAAUCUCAAUGACUAAAUUUUUUAACUCAGUUUUGUAAUACUUUCGCCAAAUGUUUACUCCUAUACGAAACGAGGCACAUUUGAGCCGAGAUUUACUUAAAUAGAAGGAAGUAAAAUCGGUCGCUGAUUGUACUUCAGUAAAGUGCAGCACAAAAAGCAACUUAACUUAAAAGUAAAGGAGUGCAAAGUUUAAUCUUACCCUGCCAUUGCGCAUAAAUGUUAGGGUAUGUAACAAAUUUGUAAAAAAAAAAAGGAACAAUGGAUGUGACACGGUGGGAAACAUACCGACCUGUUUCUGUGUGAACACGGUGUUUGUGAGGGACAAAAAUGUGGUAGAAAAGUAUUUAUAGUGGUAUGUAAUAAAAGCAGUAAAAUUAAUGUAA